CUCGUGUAGUGGUUUGAAAGUUCAUCUGAGAAACAUCGUCAUCGUCACGUCAAGUCAUUAUUUGUCAGCCGAUUGGGUCAAGUGAAGAUUUUCGAAACUUAAAAUUUGCAGUCUUGUGUGUCCUAUCGGUGUUACCUUAUCUUCCAUUUUCUAAGGGGAUUCUUAAGAAAAAGAAAGCCCAGUUAGAAACCGAUUGGGUGGUAUUGAAAAAUUUCACUUGUUUAGAAAACGGACACAGAAAUCUUAUUAAUUUAGAAUCCGGAUCCAGUAGCAAUUAGUAGUGGUGGUUUAAUUGGUUAGUGAGAUGGCUGACGAAGGUCCGAAUAACAGUGCGGAAAUUCAAGAGAUUUUCCGGAAACUGAAAACUAAUUCGGCAAAUCGGGUUUGUUUUGACUGCAAUGCAUCUAAUCCUACCUGGGCCAGCGUGACAUAUGGCGUCUUUAUUUGCAUUGAUUGUUCUGCCGUCCAUCGUUCUCUUGGAGUUCAUGUUUCUUUUGUGAGGUCAAUUCAGCUCGACACAAAUUGGACGAGGAAUCAACUUCGGUGCAUGCAACUUGGAGGAAACGCAAAUGCUCAAGCGUUUUUCGCCCAGCACAAUUGUACUUCCGUUGACGCCCAACAAAAGUACCAUUCAAGGGCCGCCGUCUUGUACAAAGAGAAAUUAAGUCAGCAAGUUUCAAAGCAUAAUCGGCUUCAUGGUAAUCAGAUUGUCUUUGAGGAGAAAUCGCAUGCAAGUCACACAGAAAAAGAGGCUGACUUUUUUGACGAGAUUCAUAAAGUUGCUCAAAAGACGGAAAAUCUGGCGAUAGACAAUGGAAUGAGGUUAUUCGAACCCAAGAGUUCAAAUAAUCAAGCUGGUGAUGGGCCUAGUGUUGAUGGAAUUCUCUCUGGAUCCACCCCAGGAUCAUCUGCCCCCCGAAAAUCCACAAUUGGACAGAGAAAACCUGGAAACAAGUUGGGUGCAAAGAAAGGUGGCCUAGGAGCUCAGAAAGUGAAAGCCGAUUUCGCUGAGAUUGAGAAAGAAGCAGAAAUGAUGGAUCAAAUGAAAGAAAGGGCUGUCGAGCAGGCCAAACUGGAUAAGGAGCGACAAGCGGAGCAAGAUGAACGCCAGCGAAUCACAAUGAGCUUAGCAUAUCAAGACCUCAGUAAACAACAGACUAAACGGGCUAAUAAUUUGAGGACUAUGGAUCCAAAGAAGGCAGAUCAGGUCGAACGUCUCGGAAUGGGAUUCGGCAUGAGGAGCGGGAUCAGUCAUUCCAUGAUGUCCGACAUGCAAACGAUAGAUCAGCAAGCUCCAAGUUCGUCUACUAGAGGAAAUUCUAAUAGUAAUACUACGAGCAGCGGAUUGUCUUCCACUCGUUCCGCAUUUGAUUCUGGUGAUUCCUUUUUCGACGAUUAUGAAGUUGUGGAUGAGGCAACAACACAUAAUGUUACAGGCCUUGAAGGAUUGACAACCGCACCGAAACGCAAUGAUGAUUGGGACUUUAAUCGUCAGUCGACGGCCAAAAAAUACAGCGAAGAAGAUUCUCACUACACCACACGAUCAAAACCACGCGAGUCGGCAAAUACGUCUUCUUUAGUUGCUGGUGAUGAGGCGCAGAAAAAGUUUGGGAAAGCUAAAGCCAUUUCUUCCGAUCAGUUUUUCAGUGGCGGGGAUGACAAUGAUUACGAACGAAGGACCAACUUAUCACGCUUUGAAGGAUCUACUUCCAUUUCUUCUGCAGAUUACUUUGGGGAUGGACGACAGAGGAAUGAAGCUGCUGGUUCCUAUUCCAAUAUGCAGAAUGUUGAUCUGGACGAUGUCAAAGAAAGCGUACGGCAAGGCGUUACAAAAGUUGCCGGAAAAAUCAGUAACCUUGCAAAUGGAGUCAUGUCAUCCCUUCAAGAAAAAUACGGCUACUAAAACUCCUCUAAUUAAUUAGAUAAAUACUACUCUACAUAGCCAAUGCGUUUUCACAAUGUUUUUUAAACUGUAAAUAUCCAAGUGCUACAAUAUCAUUCAUUGGACCAUCAUUUUAUAUUGUGUCAAACUUUCUUGUGAAAUGUUAUAGAUAAACCUAGUCUAAUCAGGAAAAAAACACAGCAAUUCCUGCUUUCAAUGAUGCCUCCUGAUAUGAAGAUAUCUUGCAAGUUGUCUAUAUAUUAUGAUUUAUUAGAUCCUAUCCUAACCUGAGAAACCUUAGAAAAAAUGUAACGCAAUCUUUCACUUGCAAAUUGUGAAACAAAAUUCUAAUCGCCAAAUAGAAACCACCAUGAACCGUUAAUCUCGUAUCUUAUUCAUUAGAAAAUUUAUCGUGCACAUUCAAAUGGAUUGUAUUAUUCCCAACUAUGAAAUAUAAAAUAUUUUAAACUA